UAUUUAAGCAGCGGCGGCGGAUUUCUGUAGUUCGUGUUCUGAGCAUAAAAAUCGAAAGGUCUAAAUCGGAACAACGUGCCUCUGAUUCCAUAAACAUCUUCUUGAUUCCGCUCCGGAGCUCAGACGCGACCCCAUCACUCAAAGAUUUUCUCUUUACCUCAACCGGAACCCUAGAGACGAUAACACCGACGGAAGGGCUUUGGAAGGGCCUUCUCCUUUUUGAAGGUGAUGGCUGGCAAAAGUGUAAUAGCAAUUUGUCAGUUGGGUGGUGAAUUUAAGACCAAUAAGGAUGGUUCAUUGUCAUAUAGUGGUGGGGAUGCUCAUGCUAUAGAUCUUGAUGACCAAAUGACAUUUGAUGACUUCAAGAAGGAAGUAGCAGAAAUCUUUAGCUGUAGCGUUAACACAAUGUCUAUUAAGUAUUUUCUCCCUGGUAAUAAGAAGACUCUCAUUACUGUCUCCAAUGAUAAGGACCUAAAGCGGAUGUUAACAUUUCAUGGUGAUUCUCACACUGUUGAUGUUUAUAUCAUGAUUGAAGAGGUUGUUGCCCCUGAUGUUUCUAAUAGGUCAAGUAGGACAACUUUGUCAGAAGCAGUGCCCUCUGUUGAUCCACCCCAAGAUGUUAUUGACAACAUUGUUAGUGAUAUCACUCAACAUAAUAUUUCUCUUGAUGCUUCUCUUGAUGCUGAUGAUGGUACCAACCUUGUUGUGGCACAUAUUGAUGAUACACAAAUUGUCCUGCCUGCAGUACCUGUUCACUCUCUCUUUCACUCCAAUGAAGAGAAACAUGCAAAAGCUGCUGAGCAGUGGCAGGAUGCUAUCACAGGAGUAGGGCAAAGGUUCAAUGGAGUUAAUGAAUUUCGUGAGGCAUUACGUAAAUAUGCACUUGCAAACCAGUUUGCUUUUAAGUAUAAAAAGAAUGAUAGUCAUCGUGUGACUGUUAAAUGCAAGACAGACAGCUGUCCUUGGAGAAUUCAUGCAUCAAGGUUGACAACCACUCAGCUAAUAUGUAUCAAAAAGAUGAAUCCAACACAUACAUGUGAUGGGGCAGCUCUUAUGAGUGGGAAUCAGGCAAACAGGAGUUGGGUGGCUAGUAUCAUUAAAGAGAAAUUAAAAGCUUUCCCAAACUACAAGCCCAAGGAUAUUGUCAAUGACAUAAAACUAGAAUAUGGGGUUCAACUCAACUACUUUCAGGCUUGGCGGGGGAAAGAAAUUGCAAGGGAGCAGCUUCAGGGUUCAUACAAACAGGCAUACAAGCAGUUGCCCUUUUACUGUGAGAGGAUAACAGAGACCAAUCCAGGCAGUAUUGCCACAUUUACCACUAAGGAAGAUUCAAGUUUUCACCGUCUCUUUAUUUCAUUCCAUGCCUCUCUGUAUGGCUUCUUGCAAGGUUGUCGACCUCUUCUUUUUCUUGAUAGCAUUCCCUUGAAGUCCAAAUAUCAGGAGACAUUGUUGGCUGCUACUGCUGUAGAUGGUGAUGAUGGUGUGUUUCCUGUUGCUUUUUCCAUAGUAGAUGCCGAAACUGCUGUUAACUGGCAUUGGUUUUUGCAGCAAUUGAAAUCAGCACUGCCAUCUUCUUGUCCUUUAACUUUUAUUGCAGACAGAGAGAAGAGAUUGAAGGAAUCAAUCUCCGAGAUAUUUAAGGAUUCUUACCACAGUUAUUGCCUGCGAUACUUAACUGAACAGCUUCUAAGAGACUUGAAUGGACAGUUUUCUCAUGAGGUGAAACAGCUUAUGAUUGAGUAUUUAUAUGCUGCAGCUUAUGCACCUAGGCCUGAGGGAUUUCAUAGCAGUCUUGAGAGCAUCAAAAGUAUUUGGUUGGAGGCUUACAAUUGGAUCAUACAGAGUGAGCCCCAGAAUUGGGCAAAUGCACUUUUCCAAGGUUCAAGAUAUAAUCAUUUGACAUCAAACUUUGGGGAACUCUUCUACAGCUGGACUUCAGAUGCACAUGAGUUACCAAUAACACAGAUGGUUGAUGCCAUACGGGGAAAGAUUAUGGAGUUAAUAAAUACUCGACGAGCAGAAUCUGGUCAGUGGUUGUCACGCCUAACACCAUCCAUGGAGGAAAAACUUGAGAAAGAAAGCAUGAAAGUCCGUUCCCUUCAGGUGAUGCUGACUUCUGGUAGCACUUUUGAGGUUUGUGGUGAGACCAUUGAAACAGUUGAUAUGGAUAGGUGGGAUUGUAGUUGCAAAGGGUGGCAGCUUACUGGUCUACCCUGCUGCCAUGCUAUUGCUGUCAUCAGCUGUACAGGGCGUAGCCCAUAUGAUUAUUGUGCCAGAUAUUUCACAAUGGACAGCUAUAGGCAAACAUAUUCAGAAUCUAUAAAUCCUAUUCCAGAUGUAAAACGACCUGGCCAGAGAGAUUCUUCGCAAACUGUAGUGACUGUAACCCCUCCUCCAACUCGACGUCCACCAGGCCGGCCUACCACAAAGAAAUCUGGAUCUCUUGAGGUAAUGAAGCGUCAACUUCAGUGCAGUAGAUGCAAGGGUCUUGGGCACAACAAAUCCACUUGCAAACAGUAAUUGUCAAGUGUCAAAAUUUGGAUUACAUCAAGGACCGGGUGCAUCAGGGUAUGUACACCUAACUACUUUGAUAGGAGCUGAAACACACUAAGAUCUGUGGUACCAGUUUUGGUAGCAAGACCUAGAGAUGCUGACGUUUCUAAUGGUAGUUUUUGUCUUUUACUCUUGGUUCAUUUCUAAGUUAUUGUUAGUUUGGUUGACUUUCUAACCAAGACAAUGAUCUUUAGGAAAUAGUGCCAUCAAAAUUAGUGGUCUCCUUUUUUAUGGAAGCCAAGUACUGCUGUAUUUGAAGGUUUAAAUUUUUUAUGUAAUUAACCAUAGAUUGUUUGGGCAUCUUUCCAUCAAACGUGUGAAAUAUAUUCAAUUGCAGAUCUUGGCAGACAUAUAUAAUACUUGUAAUUGCAGAACAUGCA